GCGAUGGAAUUUGCAGGGCUCAACCACUGCAGAGCUUACCUCGCUGGACAUUGAACAGAAACGUCCGACAGGCUGUGGGUGCAGUCCAGGAAGGAACACAUGGCAGUACAGCUACAUUAGCGAGUGCUUGGAUAUACACCGGACAACACUGGACAAAUGUGACAAGGCACCGCCAUGAAGGGACCAAUACAAAUUCUUGUUCUUGGUAAAGAAGGAGUUGGUAAAACUGCUCUGGUGGUCCGAUUCUUAACGCGCAGGUAUCUCACCGAGUUUGCGCAACUGGAGGAAGUGACGUACGAACGGCCUGUAUAUGUGGACGACCGCCAGGUGACGCUGAGAAUUACUGACGUCAGCGGAAAGAUCCUGGAGCGACGCUCGUCUUCGAAGGAAAUAUUUUCUAAAGUUGAUGCAGUUGUGGUUGUCUACUCCAUCACAGACAGACAGAGCUAUGACGUCGCAGAGAACAUUGUGGAUUGGCUCAAGCGUGACCGGAAGUCCAACCCCAGUCUACCGGUGUUGGUGCUGGGGAAUAAAUGUGAUAUGGACCACCUGAGGGUGUUAUCUCGGUCGCUCAACAACUUCGAUAGCGAGUACCAAGGCGUCGUCUUCCUCAGCACGGAGUGUUCAGCGUGCGAGGACUCCGACGGCGUUGUCGAUGCAUUCCACAGCCUCAUCAGAAAGGUGAUAGAAAAGCGAGAGGGUUCUACGAAGAGCCAACGCAAGCUGUCCCAUGUUCCACUCGGGUCGCCCAAACAGAUCCGAGCGACCAUCAAGAGACGUUUCAGUGUGUUCAGCAGAGAACGGACCACUUUGUGAAACAUACAAGUUUGAAACCUAUGAAACAUAAUCCAGGUUAUUAUAUCUGCCUUUUGUUCUGAUACGUACCUUGGACAAAAUUACCAUAGCUUAUUUUUGGGAAGUGACGUAACAUGGCAUUUCUCUGUUAAGUGACGUCUUAAAGAAUUUCUCUAUUUCAAGACUUUCCAUUGAAAUUUGUUUCGGCCUCUACUCAAAACGUAGUUGUGGUAGCCAAUGAGUCAAGGGUAUUUAUCAUGACAGAAUGGAGACUUUAUGCACUGGAUAGACGAGGAUGACAGAGACACAGUUAUUAUGUGUGGACUCAAACCAUGUCUAACUAUGGAGUCGUCGAAAAAACUCAAGGUCAGACAGUCAACUGCACAACGAAGUCAGAAUACAGGUCGCCAAAUGAGUCAUGGGAUAGCUGUGUUCAAGUGAACAUACCUCGCAAAGUGAGACUCAGUUCCAAAUGAAAUAGCCACGAAACGACCUUGAUAUCUGCGUAAAAAAACCUCACAUCUGAUAUUGUACUGUGAUCCUAGAAACACCAUCAUUGUCACACCCACUCAAAACGCGCACCUGUCUGUCAAAUACACGAGUCACUGUCUUCCCACUCGUACAUUGUGCUCAUACCCAGCAAUGUAAUGGUUGUUGAUACACAUAACACUGGCGCUUCCUUACGUCCCAGCUCACUUGGCGAAUGACUGGAUGGGAGAGACACACAGAGAGAAAUGGACCAAGAUACAACAGACUAAUAGUACACAGUUGGUACAAGAACGUUUAAUGCUCCUCGAGAGGGACACGGUGGUUUGGACAUAUAUGCAGAUUAACAGAGGUACCAGUUGAAGGGGCACUGAAGAAUUCAAGAACAACAUAUAUUGUUAAGCAGUGAAAACACUUGCAGCAGAUAACUGAUUUCGGUGUCUGUACCUCAUUAGAAGUACGUAGCAUUGUAUAAAAUGUGAAUGUGUUCUUUCUUAAAAUUACUAAAGUGAGACUAUGAUAAAAUUUACUUUGAAAUAGAAAUCAGGGGCGGAUACAGCUUUUGAGAAAGAGGGGUUGCACAGUUCCGAAAGGGAGGGGGGUUGGGUGUGCACAGUUCAUUUUCACCCAUUUUCACGAGUUUCAAUGGUCAUUUAGUAAAAUUUCAGGA